UCGCAAGGUCUCUUAAAACAGCACUGAUUAAACGCUGGCCACGUGACUAUUUGCAGCCAAUAGCAUUCUCUGCCUUGUUUGGAGAUUGCAAGUUGAACUGUGAUACAGGAAUGACUGGUCAGUAUUAUUCCACGAGCGGAGGCAGAAGGACGAGAAACUAAAACUAUUAUUGCAGUCUUCUUUUAGUGAAAGUGUGUUAGUGUGAACUUCAAGUAAACUUAAUUUAAAAUGCCUGGGGACGGAGAUUAUUCACUUACGUCUCUUAAGAGAAAAUUAUAUUCAUGGUUGAUAGGUUUAACCAACGACAAUGCAGAUUCCUUCAAUGAUAGUUGGCAGCUAAAACUGUACUGUGAUUUCGCCCUCGCUUCCAUGGCAGCAAACGAAGCAAAUAACUCCAGACACGAAGGACAUCGUGAACCUCCUGCGCUGCACGGGGUUCAGGACGGUCGACAUGAAGGUCGAGAAGACCGGCUCGCAGUCCUCGCUCACUUCGCUGGUGUGCCGCGUGACCGUCAAGUGCGCCAAGUCCGGGAUGAGCGUCGUACUGGAGUCGGAGGGCGAGUGUCGCUGCCCGGAAGAAGCCCACGCAGACAACGCUUCGACGUGGUGCGUCUUGUCUCCGUCCAACAACAAGUUCGCCUGGCAUGCAUCCUGUACACAGGAAGCGUGGCCGGGAGCUCGCUGCUGCCCGAGCUGCCGGCCAACGUGUCUGAGCUGGUGGGGAGCGCGACGCGGUGCGUGCUGCGGCUGCUGGAGGACCCCGAGGCGCUGACGCCGAUGCGAGGUCGCGCGUCGCUGGGGGCCGGCAGCGGCGGCCGGAGCAAGGCGCAGCUCUGUCGCACGUCCAGCGGCGUGGGCGGCGACGCCGGGCGGCUGGGCGCGCAGCUGGCGCACCACCGCUCCCUCGACGACAUGCAGUGGGAAGCCUCAGGCUCCGCCGUGGCCACCCCGCGGUCCGUGAGGACGCUCUCCGAUGCUGCCCUUUCGCCGUCGGCGGCGCUCGCCCACUCCCACUCCUACUCCCGCUCCGACGGGCAGCUGGCGCUGGCCGGCACUGACACUGCUACUGCAGCUGCCACCGUCGCUAGCACCGGCCCCCGCACCGCUGCCACAUUCAGCGCGGACUCCAGCGGCGCCGCGGCCGCGGACACGGCUUCCGACCCGGCUGCCGACACCAGCGCCAGCAUGGACGUGGGCGCGAGCUUCGUCGCCCCGCCCCGCCGGCAGUCCACCACGCUGGAGGACUACCUCGCCUUCAAGAAGCCCCUCUGCGACCCGGUGGAAAUAAGCAUAGAAUCGACAGAAUCGGUGCCAUCAAUAAACCUUCCAGUUGACCAGGAUGAAGUUAAUACCCAAACAGGUCCAAAAACAAAUCAAGAAAAUUGCGCCCCCCUUCCGCCACACAGAGCGAAAGAAGUUUUAAAGAAAGCCGAAGGAGCGAUACAGAACAUGUCUGAAGUCAUGGAUAUGCUGAAGAAAUGGAUGAUUUCAGAAGAGGGCCCGAGCACCGAAGUGCCCCCGGCCAAAGCGAGAACUUUGAAGGCCAAGCCCACUCGGAUGCCGACCUUCCGCGCCUCCGUCCCGGCGACCAAGCCUGCGACGCGGAGGUUGGCGGCGGCUGGGGCGCCCGGCCACGCGAAGCAGCAAGCGCCGCAGACGCGUUCGCCCAGCGCGUCCAGCGUGGGCAGCGCCGGCAGCAGCGCCGGCAGCGCUCGCGGCGCCAGCGGCUCCCGCACGCAGCAGGGCACGCAUAAAACGCCCAAACCAAAUGCGGGAUCAGGACCGUCGAAGCCGCUCGCGAAAACGGCCGUGGCUGCCUUGCGGCGCUGCUCCCUGGAAGACGCCGGCGCCGCGACGGCGACGCCGCCAGGGACGCCCCGCGCGCCGCGCACGCCCAUGUUGCGCCGGCCCCGCGCCGCCGCCGCCGCCGCCGCCUCCUCCCCAUACGUGGCCACGGCGUCUAGCUUCGGCCUCGCCCGCUCCCCGCGGCCCAGCCCUACCUCCGCCUCCGCCCUCGGCCAAACCACCAGUCCCAGCCCCCGGCCCAGCCCCAGGGCACGCGUGCCCCCGCCAAAGCCGAAGCGAACCUCCGCGGACUGAACUGGACAUCUAGACCUAACUGAUUCUUACCUUAAUGUUCGCGUUUUGAAAGAUUUUAUUAAAUGAAAAAUUGAAAAUCCGCGUAUUAAAUUUUAAUGUUUUACAAAAAGUAUAAGCUGUUGGACUGAACAUGGAGGAUUUUGAAAUGUAUGUUUUACUUCUAUUAAGUCUUGUAAUGUUUAUAUUAGUUUUAAAAUUCAAAAAUAUAUCCAUUUAUUUUUAUUAAAGAUGUUCUGCAUUUCAACAUUGAUUUGAAUUGUCUGUAUGUGUAGGUUACAUUUAUUUUAAAAUUAAGAACGGAUCACAUUCUUUUAAAUUUCGCACCAAAUAAAUAAACUGCACUUUGGCAUGGUUUCUUCUUUAACGAUAUAAGAAGCCAGUUGAAAUCGGUGAUUUAAUUAUUAUUAAAUCACUGACUUCAACUGGCUUCGAACACCAAUAAAGUUAGUUUACUAAGCAUCGAUGAUUGGAAUGCAGAAUGUUCAAUUAUAAAGUUCUGUACCGUUUUUAUUAGUAUUAAAAUGAAUACACAUUGAAAAAAAAAUGUUUAAGUUUCUUACUGUACGUAUCUGAAAGUACCGUUCCGAUUCCUGUUGGUAUCAAAACAAAUGUUACGUUAUAUACAGAAUUUUGUAGUAUGUACAAUCUUGGGAACGUAAAGUUUCGCGUCGAAAAUGCCUUAGCCAGAGAAGUUGGAGCUGGACGUACCUGUUUGCCGACAGUUCUAU